CGUUAUAUGAUCCACAUAUUCCCUUUUGAGUUCCGAUUUCACUUCACUACUGAUUUUCUCCUUUCACCUUUUAUAUUUGUUUCCAAAAAGAAACAAGAACAAAAUGUAUUUUCCUAUCAAAUUCAUCUUCCUUUUCACUUUAUCCCCUUUCAGCUGGAUUCCUUCAAUUGCAUCUAAAUCAGACCCAAUUCCAUCACCAUGGCCGCACCAGUUCCACGCAAUUACCAUCAUGAACUACACAGGAGGUCUCCGUAAAGUAGAUCUCUGGUACGAUUGGCCAAACAAAAGGUACUUGCAUAUAAACCAAUACCAAUUGGGGAAAACUUUGUAUGAUGUUGAAUGGCAGAAUGGCACUUCAUUGUACUUCACUUUGGAUUCUACUCAGGAAUGCACAAUCAGGCAUUUCCCAGUAGGGAUUUUGAGACCUAAUUGGCUUGAAGGUGCAAAUUAUAUGGGGCAGAGGUAUAAGGAUGGAUUCCUCUGCAAUGUUUGGGAGAAAGUUGAUUUCAUAUGGUACUAUGAGGAUGUGGUUACCAAGAGACCUGUUUAUUGGCAUUUUUAUGAUGGAUUGAUCGAACAUAUUAUGACUUUUGAGGUGGGGAAAGUGCUGGAGGAUUCCAAGUGGCAAGCCCCUGCUUACUGCUUCAAGGAGAUGGAGAAAGGAAAAGGAACUUUGCAAGAUCGAAAAGCUCAAGACCACUCACUCUCAACUUCGUGGGAAUUUCAUGAGAAAAGAUUUAGAAGUGACAAAUAAACGAAUUAGUCUAAUACAUGAUUAGUAAUUUUAAAAUUGAGAUAUAGGUUUAUGAGAGACCAUACCUCAGCCGAUAUAGAUCACUAUUACUUGAAAAAUAUUAUUGAAUCAAGAUCUCAUGUUACUUGUUAGAAUAGACUGAGUACCAUUACUUCAAUGUACAAACUAAGUAUAACUAUAAAUAAAUAAAUAAAUGCUAAUAGUUUGGGCCAAAUACAUACAAAUUCCCUUUAACUUGCACUUUUAUAUGGCAUGAUAUUUCGGUGACUCGUCUGUAUGUGUUUGAUAUACAGUGCAUAAAAUAUUA